AUGUUUUGUAUACAUGGCAAUGAACUCAUUGAAGAAAGUUCAUCUGUAAUGGAAGCGGCCUACGGUUGCCACUGGUACGAUGGAUCCGAAGAAGCUAAAACAUUCGUCCAAAUAGUGUGCCAACAGUGCCAAAAGCCUUUGAUUGUGUCUGGGGCGAAAUUUUUCAAUGUUUCAUUGGAUUUAUUUGCAUCAGUUCUAGGUGCUGUAGUAACAUACUUUAUGGUUUUGGUGCAGCUUAAAUAA